AAAUAAAUAAAAAAGGUAAACCCUUGACACUGCCUCGCUCAAAGUCGCACUUGCACACACCCAUUGCUUUCAGUCGCACAUCUCAUCUCAUCCUUUUCACCCGCCAUUGAAGGUUCUAUCGAAGCUCGAUCUCUUCGAGUCGUCAUCCACUACCUACCUGAUAGCCCAAUCCUUCGCUCAUAUCUCCGAUCUUCCACUCUUCAGCCGCCGUUGGAUUGCUUUGUUGCAGGUGUGCAGAAUACAGACAAGCAAGCAUUAUCGAAGCUCUGUGUCUGAGCUGCAAAGAUAGAUUCGUCCGAUCGUAAGCGAAAGAAAGCAGCUUCUUCUAUCUGGGCGGCAGAUCGCACGAACAAGGACAAAGAGAAAAGUCAAGCCACCAACAAGAGCAAAAAGACGAAAAUGUCCUCGUCAGUGGGGAAUCAGGUGAGGGCAUCCCACAUACUGAUCAAGCACCAAGGUUCCAGAAGAAAGGCCUCAUGGAAGGAUCCAGAAGGUGCCAUCAUCAAGAACACCACCCGAGACUCCGCAGUCUCUCAACUGAAGGGCCUCCAUGAUGACAUCAUUUCUGGCAAGGCCAAGUUUGAUGACCUCGCCUCUCGCUACUCUGACUGUAGCUCUGCCAAACGCGGCGGUGAUCUCGGUCCUUUUGGCAAGGGCCAGAUGCAGAAGCCGUUUGAAGAAGCAACAUUUGCUCUCAAGGUUGGGGAGAUAAGCGACAUUGUGGAUACAGAUAGCGGAGUUCAUAUCAUCAUGAGAACUGGUUGAGCACUGGAGGAGUGAAACUGGUUUUGCAACACGAUUUGUUCCUUAUAUUAAUGCCUAUGGCUGGCAGCCAACUCUUAUUGUAUGAAGUGAUGGUGACUCUUUGAUGUUUGAGUACUGAAAGAUGGAUUUAAGCACCGUUUCUCAUAACGUUGUUAUUCUCCGAAUGUUAUGGUUGUGGUUUUGGAUUUCCUAUGGAAUGUUUUAUCUGUCUCUUUGCGUAUGUUCUGAAUUCUGAUGGCAAAUACUGUUUUUUUUUUAAAUUAUAGUGUUGCUACUUCCACUA